CAGAGGUCGACGGAGGCGGGAUUGAGGUUGUGGGAUUCAAGAGCGGCCUUCCAAUUCUCCAGGAAACACACAAAGCUCAUUUCCUACUGCAUGCACAUUGAGUCAAUCCCCAGCAAUGGACCCGUCAGUGAUCAAGGUCGAGUACCGCGGCCGAGUCGCCGUCAUCACCAUCGACAAUGACAAAAAGCUCAACGCCCUCUCUCAAAUGCAGUACUAUGAGCUGUCUCAGAAGAUGCGCGAGGUUGCGACCCACGACGAGGUGUACAUCACAUUGCUGACGGCGAAAGGACGGUAUUUCUCAGCUGGAGCCGACGUCGGCAUCACCCGCGCCGCCCCCACAGAGGGCGACGAAAUGCGCCUGCACUGGCUGCGCAGCUUCGCCGCCUACAACCUGAACAUCACCCAGGCCUUCUACUCGCACCCCAAGAUCCUCGUCGUCGGACUCAACGGGCCCGUGGUGGGGCUGUCGGCGGCGCUCACGGCCUUCGCCGACUUCGUCUACUGCACGCCGCACAGCUUCCUGCUGACGCCCUUCAGCUCCCUCGGCCUGGUCGCCGAGGGCGGCGCGUCACGCGCCCUCGUCCAGCGCCUGGGCGUCAGCAAGGCCAACGAGGCCCUGCUCAUGAGCAAGCGGAUCGGCGCUGACGAGCUGCUCGCCACGGGCUUCGUCAACCGGAUCUUCGACUGCGCCAAGGGCGAGGACGACAAGUUCCGCGACCUGGUGCUGCGGGAGAUCGACGAGCGCCUGGGCAGCCACCUGAUAGGCGACAGCCUGACGGGCAUCAAGGCCCUGAUCCGGAAGCCCGAGAGGGACAUACUGGAUUCGCAGAACGUCACCGAGGUCUUUGCUGGGCUGGGCAGGUUCAUGAGCGGAGUGCCGCAGGAGGAGUUCAGGAAGAUCGCUUCCGGCGAGAAGCGUCACAAGCUGUAACGUCGAUUUGGGUCAACCCGAAUUCCCAUGUUCUUUUCUAGGUACAGCAGG